AUGACGUUGAUUUCUGUGGAGGUAGGGCAGUGCGGCAUACAGGUUGGCAGUGCAUUCUGGAAGAUAAUGGACGCUUCUCUGGAUGUGCUCGAUCGGCCCACACAGCUCCAAGGCCUCCACAGCAUUGCUGGUAGUUUGGGGAGGGAUUGGGAUUGGGCAAGGGGCUUCCUGCGUGAAGGCAGGCAGGGACAGCAGACAGCCAGAUGCAUUGUGGUGGACUCUGAUCCAAGACAGGUUCUACACAGGCCUGCGAUCUGCAGAAAUUUUGCACCCACUGGGCAUUCAGUCGUGGGUAAAGGAUGUUCUGGCAAGAACUGGGCACAGGGCUACCGCCAUGCAAAUGGGAACAUGCUUUGGGAGGUGAAACCACAAUCCAGGAGAAUUCAGAAGGCAGCAAAAUGGACAGCUGAUAUGAGAGACCCUACAUCUGCCUGUGAUGGGGAGCUUCUUGAAAUCUUUGUUGAAGCAUUGCGAAAAGAAACUGAGGCGUGCGAUGGAAUUCCUGAGUUCCUGAUUUGGCACAGCAUGGGGGGCGGCGCAGGGGGCGGAGUUGGGUCUGGCGUUCUUGAAGCAAUUCGCUGCGAUUUCCCACGCAACUACAUAGGGACGAUUUCUAUUGCACCUUUGCUUGCUGGGUUUGAGCCAAUGCAAAAGGUGAACACUGCCAUGACAAUGUCCUGGCUCCAGACCUACGCCGAUGUCGUCAUGCUCUUCCAGACAGAUCGAGUUCUAGCCUCCCUUGCCAGCAAACAGAAUUGCGGAGCCAGAGGACUACAUGAUGACAGUGUUAAUUGGGAAAUCUCCAAACAUGUGGCAUCAGUGCUCUGGCCUUUGGAUGAAGUGGAAGGGCUUCGGGGAAAAACAGUAAUGUCCGAUGUGGUCAUGCAUGUCUGCCCUGACCCUGGGAUGAAGUUCACUGAAGUUAGCAUGGCGUCCUCCUCGCAACGCCUUGCAACAGAUUCCCCAAGAGGCUGGCGGAAGCUCAUCAGGGAAGCUUUCCAUGGUCUUGGAAAAGGCAGCCACCAGGGCACACAGCAGCCAAUCGUCAGCUCGGCCUCGAUGGUGAUCGGUCGGGCCAGUGCCCAGAGGCCUCCUUCCAUUCAACAGGGAGCAAAAGCAUUCCAACAAUGUGCCAAAUGCCUGUCUCACAGUGGGCUGCGCAGGCCGCCACAAGCGGCUGAGGCUGUGUCUGUCGGAGCAUUAGGGAGGGACAAAUCAAGGCAGUUGGGCUUGCUCCUGAGGGAUGAAUGUCAAAGGCAUUGCCAAGGGGCAGCAUCAUUGUUUGGGGCCACGGAGAGCGUGCAGACUCGGGGAUCCACGUUGGCUCCAUCCUUUGGCGAGCAUGCGGUGCGAGGGAUAAAUCCCACAAAAGAGCGGCAGAAGCCACGUGAAUCGCCCUGCAGUGUUGCCAUCGUGUCCAACAGAUUCAAUGUCGCAGACUUCUCAAUGAGCCUUUCGAAAGCCGUGACACGCCUUUGCGACACUGGUGCCUACAUGCAUUGGUACGAAAUUAACGGUUGCAGCAGGGAUGCGGUGCGGGAGGCGUGUCGCAGUCUGGAGGAUUUGGCAGAUCGUUAUGGUCAAUCUCAUUUUCUAUCUCACACCAAUGGCGCUCCUACCCGAUAA